AUGAGAAUAUUCUGUGAAAGAGGUGAAGCAAUUUUAAUUUAUGGGUUGGCAGAUGACAACUCAUAUCGUGGGUCUCCGCGAAGGUUUAAGGAUCGCAAUCACCGGCAAAACGCUGUUAAUAAGGACUUGAAGGGCAGUAAUGUACCCCAAAUAUCGGUGUCCGACUACUCGGAGAGUUUCUCAAACCGGGGAUCACUGGCCAGUAGUGAUGGACAGAGCACUGAGAAACAGGAGUCCGAUGAGACCACUACUGAACACCACGUGUUUGCAUACCAUAGUCGCAGUCAAACUAGUUUAUCGUCAUUUGGGGCUCGCAGUGAGAGUCUGUCGAGUGUGUACAGCGCGGCCGGUGGGGGACGGUAUGGCUCAGUGGCGGUCACCGGAGAGAUACUCUUCUCCAUCAGCUAUAACUAUAAGGCCGGGGCUAUGGAGGUGUACAUCAGGGAGUGUAGGAACUUAGCCCCCGUCGACACCAAACGUAUGCGGUCUGACCCUUACGUGAAGGUAUACCUACUGCCCGAUCGGACAAAGAGUGGUAAACGUAAGACGAAAGUCAAGAAACACACACUGAAUCCGGUGUUCGAAGAAGUGCUCAAGUUUUAUAUGACUAUCUCGGAGGUGGAGACCCGGGACCUAUGGCUCACUGUCUGGCACUCAGACAUCUUCGGUCGCAACGACUUUCUCGGCGAAGUGUCCCUUCCCUUAGGCCACGAGGUGUUUGAGACGCCCGGCCUUAAGUGGUAUCCACUCCAGGAAAGGGUAGGCGUCGAUGACACAAUCGAUGCGUGCGAUAACCAAAACAACUACAAGGGCGACAUAUUCUUGGCCCUCAAAUAUAUGACUCCCGACGCCCAGCGCCAUCGCACCGGUAGUCCACAGCGAGCGGCUACACCGAGCAAAGGCGAGCUCCAUGUGCUCAUUAAAGAGGCUCACAAUCUGACGGCCACCCGGUCUAACGGCACAUCCGAUCCGUUUUGCAAGAGCUAUCUAUUGCCAGAGAAGUCCAAAGCGAGUAAACAGAAGACCCCGGUCAUCAAGAAGACGUGUAAUCCCAAGUGGAACCACACCUUCAUAUUCGAGGACCUGUCUGUACAGGACCUGACCGAACGGUGCCUGGAGUUGACGAUCUGGGACUACGACAAGAUCACGAGUAAUGACUUCCUGGGAGGCGUACGGCUAGGCAUGGGGAAUGGCAAACACGACGGAAGGCCGUGUGAUUGGAUGGACUCCAUGGGCGAUGAAAUAGCUCUGUGGCAUCAGAUGAUGGACAGGCCUAAUAUGUGGGUCUACGGAGAGCUACACUUGCGGCCCAACACUUUAUAA